AAAAAUCAAAAAAAAAGUUCGGAGGCCUCAAAAUCAAAUCUUUCGUUGUUGUGACAAUCACGAUAAAUUGUGCAAACUCUGUUCCAACGAAAUUCGGACCACGUGCUCACGCCAAACAAGCUGGAGGUACGGAACCGGACAGGGUAUUGCUGUCCAAGCACCACAGGAGACAGGACCGACCGUCCGAGAAGAAGAGAGGGGAGGCAGCGAUUUAUUUUACCCGAUAUAUCUCGCGUUUUCUCGUCAGUUUUUACAGAUCUGAUCCGACCGCAGAGGUCAGGUAAACUCUCCCAGGCUCUCCCUCCCACGCCCACCUCGCCACCUCCCCCUCCUCGGCUGCUCCAUUCGUCUCCCCAAAUUUUCUUUUUUUUCCCCUUCCUCGCAGCAGGAUCUUUUUCCCCUCUGCUUUCCCCAUUUCCGCCGUAUUUUAUUCGAUUUCGAGGUCGUUUUUCGGGUGCAGAGGAGAGGAGGGCAGAGAGAAAGGUCACGUCCAACCGCCGCGACCCGCGCAUGUGAACUGUGCCCGACGAGGCGCGCGGGCGCGGGUGAGGUGAGCUGCGCCGAGGCGGAGGAGGGCCCGCGUCGGAUUUGGGAGGCCAGGCCUAGGGUUUUCACCGCCCCGCCCGCCCGCCCACCCGCCGGGAGAUGGACGGCAGGGACCAGCACCAGCACCAGCAGCAGGCGCAGGCGGCGCCGCGCGUGGGAUCCCCGCCGCAGGCUGGCGCCGGAGGCGGCGUCAUGAUGCAGCACGCCGCCGCGUUCGGCGCCGCCGCCACGCCGCCCGGGAUGCCGCCGGCCUCGGCGGGCAACGUUAUGCACGGGAUGCCCCUCGCCUUCAGCAACCCCAUGGCGCCGUCGCCGGGCGCCUCGUCGCCCAUGAACAUGAAGCCCACGGACAUGCCGCCGGGGGCUAUGUAUCGCGCUGAUUCCGGCGCGCCGCCGGGCUUGCAGCAGCAACAGCAUCCAGGCUCCGGUGGCGGUGGCGCUAUCGUCGCCGUCAGCGGUGGGGAGCUCGUGAAGAAGAAAAGGGGGAGGCCGAGGAAGUAUGGCCCGGACGGGAGCAUCGGUUUGGGACUCAAGUCCGCGGCAGCGGCGGGCACUGAAGCGGCGGGCGGCCAAUCCGGUGGUGGAGGCGGGUCUAGCUCUAACCCCGACGGCAAGCGCAGGGGACGGCCCCCUGGGUCCGGCAAAAAGAAACAGCUCGAUGCUUUGGGAUCUUCGGGGACAUCAUUUACUCCCCACAUAAUAACUGUGAAGCCUAAUGAGGAUGUUGCGUCCAAAAUAAUGGCCUUUUCUCAACAAGGCCCGCGCACUACAUGCAUAAUUUCAGCAAACGGCGCUCUGUGCACGGCAACAUUGCGUCAACCAGCAACCUCUGGUGGGAUAGUGACAUAUGAGGGACACUUCGAUAUACUCUCUCUGUCAGGCUCAUUCCUGCUUGCAGAGGAUGGUGAUACUCGCAGCAGAACAGGUGGUUUGAGUGUGGCACUGGCUGGAAGUGAUGGACGCAUAGUUGGGGGUUGUGUUGCUGGAAUGCUGAUGGCAGCGACACCUGUACAGGUUGUAGUUGGCAGUUUCAUUGCUGAAGGUAAAAAGCCAAAAGAAGAGCAACCGAAACGCGAGCCAACAUCGGUGCCACCACACACAGCUGGCUUUGGGGCGGCCUCGACUGCCAGCCCCCCAUCGGAUGGUACAUCAAGCGAGCACUCUGAUGAUCCAGGGAGCCCCAUGGGACCAAACGGCAGCACAUUCACUAACGCGGGGCUUCCUCUGCACUCCACAUUUGCUCCAGCUGGUUGGUCACUAUCAGGGAACCAAAGCCGCUAUGAUCCAGAUCUAAAGAUGAUGACCGACUGAUGGGUGCCGUUUCGCAGCUUCCUUGUUAGCAGUUGACCUAGUUGAGUAGGCUCAGGACUUCCUGCACCGGCUCCAGUGGCGCGGCAUCUGACAAUAAUUGAGGAAUCCUGAGAGUGAUAAAGCCUUCAGGAAUGAGUAGAUCACGAGUAAUAAGUAGUACCAGUGCAUGCCUUUGCCUUGUUAUGUUGUAGUUAGUAAAAGUUUGUAUUUGUGUGGUUUCACUGUCAGGAGUCUAUGCAGCAUUCCUUCUGGUUUCUACCUGUAUCAGCGUAGUGCAACGAUUCUCUUAUCAAUGGAUUGGUAUUGCUCACAUCGCCGUAUGCCAUUUGUUCAUCGCUGUAUUGUAAUUCUCCCCUGGGGGCUGGGGUUCACACAAAAGCCAAUUCGCCUUUGCAUUAGAUAGACUAUAUAUUAGACAGGGGUGCACUUGUUAUUUGAAUGAACUCAAGCGGACUUUACUCUUAUUUAAUU